GCCACGUGGGAGGCCGUAUGUGACAUUCUCUCCAAGAAGCAUGGGUCCGAUGGCGUCUGGGCUGUCUUCCAAGCUCUUUGGCACCGGGAGAAGCACGACAUGAUUAUCUUUCGCGAUGCGGAAUCUCUGCGUGGCAAAAUCCUGUCUGCUGCGUUGGGCUCGGAAUCGCGACUGUCUACACUCUUCGCGGCGGCCCAGCAGCUGCUCGCCGAGAACGAUUUUCAAUGGCCCGGAUUCUACACGCGAGUGCUACGCUUUUUCCUCGAGCGUGGUGCCUAUGAAGAGGCAAUCCGCUGGGAUCGCAAGCUGGCUCCCAUCUUCCCAACCGGAGCCGAUGAAUUUGGCGCUUUACUAGCAACCUUUGUCAUCAAGCCUACGCCUGAAAUGCAAAGCACCUUGACGACGCUUUAUGUAUCCAGCGCCAACCGCCAACAAUACGACCACGUCAUACCGGCUCUCUUCGCCUCUGGGCAAUCGAAACUGGCCCGUACCUGGCGCAAGAAACUCAUCGUAUUCAAGGACUUUCCGUUGACAUCGAAUUGUCGACCUUUCCUACUGUUCCUUGCCAGCUACUAUCCGGAAAUCCAGCUCACGGAGAGCGAGCUUACGGUCGCUGAUCUCGACCGCCAAGAACUAGCUGAGGCUGACGAAGAGUCUUCUUUCGAGGUUGUUAGCAAGAGGGUCGAUACAAGGGGCUCCCACAGCGACGCACUUGUUGCGAGAUGGCUUGCCAGUACGUGGGCAUCCGUGGAAUUUGCCAUCAAUCUCAUCUAUAAGCUCGGGGUGCGAACAAUUGGCCCUCGGUCUCUGCAAGCCCUCGCGCUGCGGGACACGGAUGCCAAAGAAGUUUCGUCGCGUAUUGAUCAGAUCGAGAGGCUCGGCAUGAGAAUUUCACCUCACUCGUAUUGCAAGAUUCUGGUUUCAUUCGCGAGAAAUGGGUCAGAGGAGUUGUUGCACGACCUCAUCAAUUGCGACAUUCACCCUGAUGAAUUCGAAGACAUGGAUACCCGGCACUCCCUCAUGGCGGAGGCAGCGAGGACGGGAGACUGGAAGAUGGAGCGGCUACUUCAGGGUAUCGAAUGGGCAAUUGAAACUGGACCGACAUCUCGACGCCUCAACUCCCUCCUGCGGAACGAGGUCUCCAAUGGGAGCUUCACGAAAGCUAAACAAGUGCUUGACCGCAUGGAAGCUCUCAAGAUCAGCAUGGCCCAAGCCAGUGCAACAGGCCUCCUCAGGCGUGCAUUUUGGAAGCUCGAUAUUCAUCCCCCUCACCGAUCACGACCCUUACAUCCAGACCGCACGCACAGCGAUGUCGAUAAGCGUAUGCUGGAUCGAGCGCUCAGUGUCACUCGCCGCGUCUCUUGCCAUGAUGUCGCCAUUCCUACGAGGUACUGGACAAUGCUUCUCAAUAAUCUCGGCCGCUCCGGACGGCUUGAUGAGCUCGAGCAGCUGAGCUUGAAGAUCAUGCAGUUGUAUACCCCCCCUUACGGAGGGUUGGUGCCUGUGCACCGGGAAGACUUGCCAAAGCACUUCAACACGGAGGAGAAGGAAUAUAUACCGGCAGACUUGCCAUUUACGCACCACCACCAUCCUAUUCGGCUGAUCUUUGAUACUUCUCUGCAGCGCUCCAUUGUGAGAUGGGGAUUCGACCAAACUCUGGCGACCAAGCCCCGACCGUCAAUGUCUCUUACGCGACCCCCGACGGCAGGCUUUUCGCAGUUUGAUGUCGCCCGUGGGGUCCGUCUAUUGGCCGCGCUGCGAGAUCAAGGGGCCCUGAUUGAUACACAGGUGGUCCGCUCCAGCAUCAUCCUCCGCAUCGCCACCUCACUGGUCCCUGGGCGGCCUAGACAUCGAUCGAGAGACAGCGUUGAGUUUUCUGUAGAGCAUCUGGUGCGCCUGGCCGAGGAGGCAUGGGGCUCAGGAAUGUUUCCCGACGUGUCGGCAGCAAUUCGAGAAGUCGACCAACGGGUAUCAAAGCUAUGGACUCGAUAUCCGAGGCUAAUCGACAGGACUCUUGAUAAGACCGUCACGCAAGGCGAGGGACAAGACAGGCAACGAAUCACACUUGGAUAA